AUGAAGUAUACCAUUCCUACCAUGGCCAUUCUGGCUAGUUUGUUCAGCCAAACAAUGGCCCUGAAGAACAACGAAGUCUACUCCAUCGAGUCCCCAGGCUCUGGAGAUGUCUGGGGCAUCCAAAGCUCCAUCGGUAUUAAAUAUGGUGUCGAGCUGGUGCAUCCCGAAGGGAAAGAGGACGAACACUGGCGCUUCAUAUCAUCCGGCUCCGAUUUCUUUUUACAACAUGUCUAUACCCAGGGUAUGCUCGGCUGCCCGGCUGCGAUGAAACAUCGGUGCGAAGUGGACACACUCGGGAACCAGGCGCAGCUUUUCACGGUGACCGAUAAUUCUGAUGGCACAUUCACUUUCCGUCCCUCUGGAAGUCCGCUGGUGUUGGGAACUGAGGAGGGUAGUGAGGUGAAGGCGCGGUCUUCGGGUCCGUCAGUCGAUGCGGCCUUCCGGCUACGUCGGGUCGCGAGUAAAUGUGAGUAA